CACAAUCUUGUAAAGAAAGAAGAACAAUAUGGGCCAAAGCACAUCAUCUUCUGGGAGCACAAAGCGUAAGGAUUUUGAUUCUGUCAUAGAAAAAUGUUACAAAACUUAUUUUAAAGAAGAGAAAGAUUGGACCUUAGCUAAGUUUUAUCGAGCAGUGUGCGAAACCGUCGAAGAAAUCAACAAAAAGCUUGGAAGCACUCAAUUGAGUAUACCAAAAACCACAACGCUCGAGCUUGCCUACGUGAGAUACAAGGAUGCUGCGGAGGGAGAAUUAUCAAAGGAUGAGUUUCAAGAGAUACUGCAGGAAGUGCUUAUUGAGAGUGGAUUUUCAGGGAUUGGAGCCAAAGACAUUUUAAUGUACCUAUUUGGGGUGCCUAUCACUGCCUUGAUGCUCAAGCGGCAGGCAAACCUCAAAAUCCACGACGAUAUCUUUAUCCCCGCCGUCACCUCCGCCACCGUCUUCCUCCUUGCUAAACUCAAUAAAAUUUGAAACAUUUGUAUUUCAUGAACACAGAAAAACCUCUCCUUUCUGUCUGGUUUAUUUGGUCAAUGCUUCACUUUAAUGGGUAAACUACGCAUUUAGUAUAUAA